AUGGAAUCUUUGGAAGUUGAUCUUGAAGCUCUUAAGGAAGACAGUGGGAGUAUAAAAGAAAUACUACAACAACUCACCCAAGAACUAGCAACCUUGAUGACACACCUACCACAUGAACCUCCACUAGAGCAGUCUCAGAGACAACCAAAACCACAUUCACUUCAAAAUUCAGAGCAAAGGGAGGGCAAUUACAAGCCCAACCGCCGGACUGACGUUCCAAAUUUCACUAGAGAUAAUCUAGAUGGAAGGUUACAAUAGGCUAAAAGGUAUUUUCGUAUUAACCAAACACCAGAAUACGAUCGUUUAGAAACAAUAAUGCUGAACAUGGAGGGUGAUGCCCUGGAUUGGUAUCUGUGAAUGGAAGAUCAUUUUCCAUUCCAUGACUGGUAUGAUUUUAAAAUCCAACUUAGUGGUCGAUUUGGUUCAUCAAUAGCUAACAACACGUAUCAGAAUUUUUUGAACCUGAAACAAGAGAGUUCCGUAUUAGAAUAUAGGGCAGAGUUUGAAUGACUCUCAACUUAUCUUCUGAACAUACCAACAGAAAUAUUGGAACAUAUAUAUCUGAAAAGACUCAAGCUUGAGAUCCAAUCAGAAUUAUCUAUGUCCAAGCCUAUUGGGUUACGUGAAAUUAUGGAUGCUUCAGUACAAGCUGAAGCUCAUAUCCAUACUCUAUGGCAAGUAUGGAAGUAGGAACAACCACGACCACCCAAACAUCUCAUAGCUGCUUAUACUCUGCACCAACAAAGGCCUCCUUUGAUAUCUAGUUUCAGAAAUGAGCAAUAUAAUUUAAAGAAAACCCAAGUGACCAUAACUAGUGCCUCAAAUAAAGGUGGGAUGUCCACAUAUACUCUACAAAAUAUGAGCAAUAACAAGGAAAAUAGAAGGCAGAUACAACUGACAGAAGCUGGACUACAAGAAAGAAGAAACAAAGGAUUUUGUUUCUAUUGUAAUGACAAGUUUGGACCAGGCCGUAGAUGCAGGCGGGACCUUAAUAUACUCAUUGUCCAUGGGGAGGAGAAGUCCCAAGAAGACUUCCAAGAGGAAGAUUGGGCUCCACUAGAGCUUUGCUCACAAGAGGAAGAUACUUUAUUCACAACCCAUGUCUCAUUAAAUUCCGUCAUGAGAUUGACUCAGCAUGGGACUAUGGAGGUAAAAGACAUCAUGCAAGAUAAACAUGUAACCAUUCUUAUAGACAUUGGUGCUACCCACAAUUUCGUCUGCAAUAAGCUGAGGGAAGAGCUAUCCUUACCUGUCAACGAAUUCCAUAGCUAUGGUAUUGUGAUUGGGAAUGGGCAUACCGUCUAAGGUCAUGGGAUAUGCCAUAACAUUCUACUCAAAAUCUAAGAUCUCCUCAUUAUUCAAGAUUUCCUUCCCUUUAAUCUUAGUGGCACAAAUGUCAUACUAGGAAUGCAGUAGCUUAAAACACUGGGGUGGAUACAUUCACACUAUGGGCAAUUAAUCAUGAAAUUUAUGCUCAAUAACACGAUCUACACCAUUUGUGGGGAUGCAAGUUUAAACAAAACAAGAAUAUCUUUCAAAGCAGCAAAACGUGAAUUAAAAAGAAGCCACAUAUGUGCAGUAGAAUUACACCAGAACAGUCAGAGAUAGCGGUCAGACUGCAUAAAUGGUUCACACAAGUCUUUGAAGCCUUGUCAAGGCUUCCUCCAAAAAGAACAAUUGAUCAUGCCAUCAAUUUAUUACCGGUACUCAGCCUAUUAAUCUACAACCGUACAGGUACACACAAUUUCAGAAGGAUGAAACUAAACAGCUGGUCCAUGAGCUAUGUACUACAUGCAUCAUUCAACCCUCUAAAAGUCUAUUUGCUAGCCCUGUAUUGCUUGUUAAAAAAAGGAUGGCAGCUGGUGAUUUUGUAUUGAUUACAGGGCCUUAAAUAAAUCCACAGUUUCAAAUAGGUUCCCUAUUCCUAUUGUCAAUGAGUUGCUGAAAGAGCUGCAUGAAAUGUCAGUUUUUUCUAAACUAGAUUUGAAGUCUGGUUACUGUCAAAUCCGUAUGAAAUAGGAAGACAUUCAGAAAACCGCUUUCAAGACCCAUGAGGAUCACUACGAACUCAAGGUUAUGCCAUUUGGGCUUCUCUAAUGCCCCAUCCACAUUUUAAUACUUAAUGAAUGAUAUAGUUCGACCUUGUCUAAGGAAAUUUGUAUUAGUAUUUUUUGAUGAUAUCCUAAUAUAUAGCAAAACUCAUAAAGAACAUGAUGAACAUUUGGAUAAUGUCUUCCUUAUUCUUGCGACUAAUACCCUUUAUGUCAAUGAAAAAAAUUGUCAAUUCAAGCAAUCUCAAUUGGAAUAUUUGGGCCACUAGAUUUCUACAAAAAGAGUAUCUACAGAUCAAAGAAAAAUUUCAGUAAUAUGGGACUAGCCUACUCCUAAGCAUUUGAAAGCAUUACGAGGAUUCUUAGGACUAACUGGCUAUUAUCGCCGAUUUGUCAAAUAUUAUGCCACCUUAUCAUGGCCCUUGAAUAGAUUGCUCAAGAAAAAUUCUUUUCAUUGGGACUUUGAUGCUCAAGACGCUUUGCAUAAACUGAAGGUGGCGAUGACUUCCACACCAGUUUUGGCCCUGCCUAAUUUCUCUCAAAAAUUCGUAGUUGAAAUAGAUGCUUCAAGACACGGCAUAGGUGUAGUAUUGAUGCAGGAAGGACGACCAGUAGCUUAUUUUAGUCAUACUUUUAAGGAACACUCUCGUCUAAAGUCAAUCUAUGAGAGAGAACUCAUUGUCAUUGUGAUGGCAGUUAAUCUCAUGCUCCAACCUUUCAUCAUUCGAACAGACCAAUAUACUUUGAAAUUCAUGUUCGACUAAAAGGAGAUUCACACAAAAUAUCACAAAUGGGUCACUAAACUAAUGGGAUUUAAUUUUCAGAUACAAUAUAAGGCAAGAAGAAUGCAGCUGCAGAUGCACUAUCUAGAACACCACAAUUGUGUGAGACAGUGGUGGCAACCAUGUGUAUUACACAAGGAAUAGAUGUAAUCAAUCACAAUCAACAAAGAAGUGGAAAAUGACUCACGACUAUCUAAAAUCAAAAUCGUACUUAUAGAAGGCUCAACUUUUUUUCCACAUUACUCAAUUCAACAAGGAUCACUUCUCUACAAAGGUAGCUGGUGUUUCCCCUUACAUCUACUCUUCUCUCCACAUUACUACAUGAAUUUCAUGAUAGCCUAUUGAGAGGUCAUGUUGAAUUUUUGAAAACCUACCGACGAAUUGCUCAACACGUCUAUUGGCCUGGCAUGAAGAAAAGGAUCAAAUAACAUAUUAAUGAAUGUACUAUCUGUCAAUUGAAUAAGAUUUCGACCUUGUCACCAAUAGGACUUUUUGCAGCCCCUGUCUAUUCCGAAUAUGAUCUAGGAAGACCUCUCCAUGGAUUUUAAAGAGGGUCUACCUAAAUCUAAAGGCUAUGACUCCAUUCACGUCAUAGUAGACAGACUUAGCAAAUUUGGUCACUUUAUACCCCUUAGACAUCUAUUCAUAGCCAAAGACAUUGCCCAAAUAUUUGCAAAGAAAAUCAUCAAACUGCAUGGCAUUCCAAGAUCUAUUGUGACUGAUAGAGGGACAGUAUUUACCAACGCUUUUUGAAAAGCACUCAACAAACUUUAAGGCACAAAAUUGAAAAUGAGUUCUUCAUAUCACCCACAAACAGAUAGGCAAACAUAGGUGGUGAACCAAAGCUUAGAGAAUUAUCUCCGAUACUUUACUUAUGAUAAACCUAAGUUAUGGAAUAACUUGUUACAACACUUCUCAUCAUUCUGACAUCAAGAUGACCCCUUUUAAAGCAGUGUAUGGACGGGACCCUCCCACACUUACACGUUAUGGAUCUCUUAUCUCAUCAAUUGAUGCAGUCGACACUUAUCUGAAAGAAAGGGAUGAUACACUUCAACUUCUCAAAGAAAAUCUAUUGGCUGCACAGUCCAAGAUGAAAGCACAAGUUGACAAACAUCGACGAGACAUAGAGUUUUAAGUGAGAGAUUUGGUUUAUAUCUAUUGUCGAGAUGUACUUAAUAACAUGUAUACCUUACAUGUUUACAUAUAUGUCCUCAUGUACCUUUCAUUUCGUGUUACAUCACUACGUCUAGAACCUUCUGGGGAUCUGGUAUAAAUAUUGGAUCCCGUUCUCCUUAUAAACAGUUUUUUUAAUAAAUAAAGUUUGAGUUCUUCGUCCACGAGUGCUGGGCGCCUAUCAGAGCUCCAGACCGUGUGUUAUUUCGACUACAAUAUCAGGCUCUGAUCUUAUCGUAUGAAAUCAUUAGCCAAGAAAGCUAAUGAAAAAUUGAGUCCCAGAUUUUUUGGCCCUUACCCUAUCCAGGAGCGCAUUAGCCAGGUGACAUACAAAUUGGAACUUCCUAGCUCCAUAACUAUUCACCAAGUUUUUCACAUUUCUCAACUUCGCAAAGCACUACGGAAUUUUGCUUACUGUCAACCCCAUUCCAGGCAUACUGACUGAUGCUUUGAAAUGGAAUGUGACCCCCCAAGAUAUCCUUGCCAUUCGGAAUUCCUCUUUUGCCAUAGAAGUUUUGGUCAAAUAGGCUGAUUUCCUUGAUUUUGAAGCUACGUGGGAACUAGCUUCAUCCCUUCACCAGUAAUUUCCGGACUUCCACCUUGAGGACAAGGUGAAGCUCAUGGGGGGGAGUAUUGAUAAGGCUCCAUGCAUAUAUGUUAGAAGGAAGAAGGCCCAAAGCCUAAUAAGUCAAUAA